AUGACUUCUCAAAUCCCGGCGGUUCUCCAUGGCCAUCUGCAAUCGUCGAAUUCCACUGCGAGCAUUUUUCUAGGCGGCGUGCGGAGAUCGUGGAUGGACAAUCCUUCCUCCGCCUCCACCACUUCAACUUCAACUGCUGCUGCUGCAACGGCGACCACGGCGUCUCUCCAGCUCCCUUUGCGUCCAGGCAUGCCAACUCCGGUUCUCGUGCCUCCCGCGUCGUCCCCGUCAACGUGCCGGAGCCAGCAGAAUGACGCCGUCGCCUCCCCUCCCCAGCCUCCCCCACAACCGCAUCCACCACAGCCUCUACCGCAAUUUCGCCUUCAAUCUCAGUCGGUCGCGCGACCUCAAUCCAAUGUGGUGCCCCCCGUCACUGUCAUCCAUUCUCCGCCGUCGUACUCCUCGAGCCAUCCUCAACCUCAACCGCCUGCUCCCACUGCCCCCGACCCUCCGCCGCCGCCCGUGACCGUGUCGCUCGACAACAAUCUUCCUCCGCCCCCCACGCAGUCAGCGCAACCCUCGCCGACGGCUUCGUUGUCGUUGUUAAAUCUGCAGGCCUCGUCGGCUCCUCGACCCCGUGACAGUCCGACCGGUGUCCAGUCCCCGUCCAUCCCCCCGCGACCGGCCCUGCAGGUGAACACGGGAGUUCCGACUCCGCCGCCGACGAGAACGAGCGAGGGGGAGGCGGGCGAUUCUGGCCGGAGUCCGUUGAAUCAUGCGGAGAUGCAAUUUGAUGCCCGGGGAAACCCGCCGCAGCAGAUGCCUCAUUCCCAGACCGUUCAGACAAGCCAUUCGCACCCGCACGUCCCGGCCGUCGCCGUACUCCAGUCGCAACGACAAGAUGAAGUUCAGCCAUCCCACCGCCAACCCCAGCGACAGCGCCCGUCGAAUGCGCAGGGCUCGUCUAUGUUUAUUCCCACCAUUGACGGCGCGUUCUUCGAGUGCUCAGUGGGCAGGCUGACCAAAUACAUUGCCUACUUGGAGCGAACCGGCCAUCCUCCCCAGCCGUACCAAAACGCGCGCUUACAACUCCUGAUCGAAGCCUGCGUCAACCAGGACUGCUUGUAUCUUGCCAUUCACCAGGUGUAUUGUCUCUACAGUUUUUCCCCGUCCGAAUUCUUCAAUUUGCCGUACUUCACGGAGCAGCAGGCGCGGGGUCUAGCGGUCAUUGAAAAGGUCAUGGUGCCGAACAGUGAGGUGUCGCGCGAUUUUCUGCGCUGGUCGGCUCACUUUCCAAAUCCGGUAGUGGUCUUGAUGCAAACGCCCAUCUACCAUCAGGCCGUGCAGAGGGCCGCGAUUUGUCUCGGUCGGCUUGCGGAACAGUGGGGGACUUACGCCGCACAUGUCUUCGCCCGGGGUUUCCCUCCCUUCGCGGCGGAGCUAAUGGAGGGCUUUGGCAUCACUUCGUCCUCCCUGGCCUACACCAUCUUCCUGUCGAGCUGUCGACAGCUAUGCAAAGGCAUUAGCGAAGACGUGGUCAAGAGGGUCUGGAAUCAAGACUUGCUGAACUUCCAGCGGCGCCGCACGCACGCCGUAUCCGGGACUCAGAUUCGACAGGAGAACGCCGAUGUCAUUCGAUUGUAUCAGUCACUUCUCGUCUCGAAUAGCCCUACAGGCUCAGGGCCGCAACCACCACCAUUACCACGGCAGCAGCCAACGGGUCAGCAACCAGUACAGUCGCCCAAUCCAGCCGUCCCGGGACCGACUGUUCACACGGCGUCGUUUGCCAUGACGCGACCGACCGGCAUCCCAAGCCCUCAACCCUCUCAAUCCCCACAAAUGCCCGGGACGGGUCAACCGGUGAUUGCGUCGCCGCAGAUGGCGACAGGUCCCCCGAAUGCGCCCCCGGUGCCGUCCGCUCAGGCCCCUCGCCGCGGACGCCCGCGCAGAGCAAACGGAGUAGUACAACAGCCACCUCCUCCCGUAUCGACUCUGGCACCUGGACCUGCGCCCGGCGGCGUUGCACCACAAAUGGGACUGCCCUUCCAACAAAUGGUGUUCCCAUCUCAGCUGGUUCAAUCCUUCUCCCCGUGCCAGGCGUCGUCGCCUACACAGCGUUCUGUCCCGAUCCCCGCCCAACCGCAGAUCCCAACCGGGGUGUGGCCCAAUGGAGUGCAGUCGCCAGGUGGCCCGCGAGCCCAUGCCAGCCUGCAACGCCCUCCUCAUCCUGUUCGUCCUACCCAUCCUUCAUUUCAUUCUCAGAUCCAAUCUCAACCUCAGCCGUAUCCCUAUUACCGUUCUGCUCCUGGUCAUACGGCCCAGCCAUUGCUCCCCCCGCCCGGACACAGACCAUCGACCACCUCUCGACCUCAUCCUCUCCGUGACGCGCUUCACCAAGCCCACCUCAGAGGCCCGGUGAAUGAGGUGCAGGCCCCGCCACACGAGCAAGAGGCUGGACUGUUUCAAUACAUCAGCGGUUUCGCCCGGAAACCCGUACCAUUAGGCACUGAGGAGUGCACAUUCAAAUGGCAAUUUGAAUUGUCGCGGUCCGAUCUUGAUCGCGUACCGGCCUCUCAACUUCCCUCGUUGGGCCAGCGCGCGGUGCGUUCCUACAAGGACGGCUCCCAGAUCCACCGGCUACGAUGCAUCCGCGUAGAUCCGGCGACCUCCGAGGUCAGCGAACAGGCAUGGUGCACCGCCGAAUCUAUCUGGCCCAGCGUGAUCUACGUGUUCAUCAACGACGCGGAGGCUUACGUGCGGCGAAAGGUUCAUAACGGCAAAGACCUUCCCUUGGACAUCAGUCACUACCUCCGCGAGGGUCUCAACACCGUGGCUUUAUAUUUUCUUCGCAACGCGGCCGAAACCCGAGACUUGACGUACGCCAUGGCCGUCGAGGUGCUAAACAUCGUCAGCUUUCCCAGAGCGAAGGGGCUCGCACAGCCGCUAGCCGCUGCGGAGUCCCGCGAGCAGAUCCAAACCCGCCUCUCCCCGGGUCAGCAGCAGCAGGAUGACGAAGUGAGCAUCGUCAGCGACAAUCUCACGGUCGAUCUUGUGGAUCCCUUCAUGGCCAGGGUUUUCGAUACUCCCGUACGCGGACGCUUCUGCGGUCACCGGGAGUGCUUUGACCAUGACACCUGGAUCUUGACUCGAGCGUCCAAAUCGGGGAACGCGCCACUGAAGGAGGACUGGAAAUGCCCCAUCUGCCACCAGGAUGCCCGGCCUCAAAGCCUCGUCGUUGACGGCUUCCUAGUCGAAGUCCGCGAGGAAUUGGCGCGCACCAAUCGACUUGAUACCGCACGAGCCAUACAGGUCAAAGCCGACGGCUCGUGGCAAGUCAGGGCCGAAACAGAGGCUCCGGACCGGAGUGAUCCUGACCGAACCACUUCGAAGCGAAAGUCCAACGGCGUCAACAGUCCAGAUACUCCGGCCUCCCGGAAGCAACCCAAGGUUGAGCAGCGACGGUCGUCCACUACGAACGGCGACACCAGUGCUCAGCCAUCUCACCAACAACCCCCCGAAGUCAUAGCCUUGGACUAG